AUGAGGGAUCGAUUGGCCGACUUCCAACAACGAGUGGUCACGGAUCGCUUCGAGGAAGUCGAACUCGGACCCACAGAUGUCACAGCUGUACCGCUAGCCAGUGCCUUGGAUUCGCGUAUAAUUUUUCUACGAAGGCUUCUGGAUGAACUUCAGUCGGAAAUCGAAUCUCUACAUCGGAAACAACAACACAUACUGUCUUUAGCUAUAGCUGACCCCAAAGAGAAGGAUGUACUCGAAGAUCAAAUCAGCAAAAUCCGUCGGAAAACCUUCGACUUACGUAAAAUGGUUAAUGAAGUCGACAACGAGUUCAGCGAGUUCGCCAGAGUGUGUCCAUCACAAGGAGAGGUUCGAAUUCGGAAGAAUCAGAUAGACCUAAUCCGCAAGAAAUUACGCGACGUCAUUAUCCGUUUCAAUGAAACUCAUGCAGACUAUCGAUCAAGGGUCUCAGUUCGAGUACGACGCCAGUUACGAGCAGUUGGCGAGAAUAUCACGGAGGAAGAGGCUGACAAAAUUAUCAACUCGGCCGGUCGUGAUGAGGGAAGGUCAGAAGUAACAGUCAGAAACGCCUUGGAUAAGACACUCGUCCUAGAGCAUUGCGCGAUUCGAGUACGACGCCAGUUACGAGCAGUUGGCGAGAAUAUCACGGAGGAAGAGGCUGACAAAAUUAUCAACUCGGCCGGUCGUGAUGAGUUAUUCUUCCGUGAAGUGAAUCCACUUUCGGUCUCUGCCAGAGCUGCAUUAACCGACGUCAAGCGACGCCACAACGAAAUCGUUGAACUCGAAAAGAGUAUACAAGAAAUGCAGGAGAUAUUUAUCGACUUGCAAAAUCUUACUGAAGGCGAUAUUGUGGACAACAUAGAGCGCAACGUGGACACUACGAAGGUACACGUAGAAGAGGGGGCACGAAAACUCAAAGUCGGAUUGGAAUACAAGAAAAGCGCCACUCGGAAGAAGGUCAGUUUUGCUUACAUCUCUUCAAAAUAG